GCGCCCUUCCCGCGCCCUUGCACGCCUGUAUAUAUUCUUUCAUGUCGCUCCUUUGAUAGUUCGUCAAAUUGGCUCCCACGCUGACCGCCGCCGGGCGCUUAACGACCGUUACGACCGUACCCCUCCACUCUUGCCGCAGCUUCACAACCAACCGCGCUUGCCAUUCUGUUUUCAAGGACGUGCUUCUGAAAACAUUACAAAAGCUAUCUUCCGGGCAUCAAGAAAAGGAGCCUAGGAAGACUACGUACACGCCCAACCGCCCGGUAGGCCCCGCGAUUGAAGGCGCGCGGCCGCGACUUUACGUCCCAGAAAGCACCACCGAAGAGCGCUCCAUCGAAGCGAAGCCUGCACCCUCCCCGCAUCCUCCUCCAUGCCGGCCACCACUACGACACCCGAUUCUCGAACCCCUCACCGAUAGCAAACGAGUGCGACGGAUCGACGUGAGGAAGCAGAUCAUUCUUCCGGCGGCCAAUAUGAGCUCUUCUAUCCAGGUCGUCACCGCUCCUACAGCAGAUACACCGGGCACGACGCUUGUACUGCAGACGCAGAAGCGGCACUAUGUCUUUGGCAGCCAUGCGGAAGGCACACAGCGCGCAAUGAACCAGGCCGGCAUCCGGAUGACCAAGGUUCAAGAUUUUUUCAUGACUGGCAGGAUGGAGUGGAGUAAUACAGGCGGACUGAUCGGUAUGGCUUUGACAUUGGCUGACUCGGCGGCGGCGUCUUACGAGCAGUCUAUGGAACUGUGGCGCAAGGGCAAAGGAACGAAGAAGGCGGGCGAGCCUCAGAAGCCGAAUCUGAAUAUCUAUGGACCGCCCAACCUGAAACAUGCACUGGGAACUUGUAGGAGAUACAUCUUCAGGAAGGGGAUACCUACGAACGCGACCGAGUAUAAGGACGUUCCGCCCACCAGGAAUGAGCAGGGCAAUAUUCUGCCAACAUGGCAGGAUGCCAAUAUCCAAGUCUGGGCUCUCCCUGUAUCGCCGCCGCGAAAGGAUCUGGAUGCGCAUAAGGAGGACACGUUGACGGCGCGAAGGGCGUUUUACGAAAAGUUUGCGAACCAUUUCGAGGAGCAUCAGGCGCCCGACAACGAAACCCCGGAAGACAGAGAAAUGCGGUACGACCGAAUACGAACAGCUGUCCUAGAUUUCAUGUACAACUCGAACUGGAACUUUGACACCCUCAUCGAGCGACACAUUUCCGAGGUAGAGAUGCCGACUGCAAUGUUUGUUCGGAAUCCACGGACACAUCGUCUCGAGCCUUAUUCUGGACCUCACCCUGGAGGAAAGGAACCUCUUCCAGAUAUCAAGGUGUUGACACGGACCCCGUGGCCAGGUGCGAAGGUCGUUGCUCUUCCGCCCACCAAGCCCGCCCCAGAGUCGAUAUCUUAUAUUGUGCGUACGCACUCAGCGCGGGGUGCAUUUGAUGUAAAACGGGCGAAGGAGCUUGGUAUCAAACAAGGGCCGCUUUUUGGUCGACUGAGCAAUGGCGUGUCUGUACAAAACGAGAAGGGCGAGACGAUCACUCCGGAUAUGGUCAUGGGUCCGGAUCGGCCUGGCCAGGGGUUUGCUGUUCUGGACGUCCCCUCAGAAGAGUACCUCAAAUCGCUAUUCCAACGGGAAGAGUUGCAGUCGGAAUCAGUCAUGAAGGGAAUCGGAGCCUGCUUCUGGCUCCUUGGCCCUGGCCUCUCCGGACACCCUAUGCUGCAGCAAUUCAUGCAGAAGCUGGACAAGGUGCAGCAUGUCAUCUCAUCCGUGGAUGACUGCCCUAAUCGGUUGGCACUCGACUCGGUUGCCGCUCAAACGACUCGUCUCGGCCAGAUCGAUCCUGUGCGCUACCACAUCCCCUUCCAUGACAAUACUACGCUCCCGCAAAACAGCCUGUACGGCCUUGGAUCGUCAGAGAGGAAAAUCUCUUUAAGCAAUGCUAUCGUUGCGGAUCGAGGUGUUACUUUCUCUCUCAUGCCAAAGUUUGAGAGGAAAGACAAAACUGUCCGUCUGGUAGACCUCGACGAGAUUAAGAAGGCAAUGGAUCCGGAGAUUAUUGAAUUCGCAAGGGCAGCACAACAGGAUGUCGCGCAAGAUCAAGAGUCUUUGCAAGCAUGGAGGCAGCUGCUCGCACGCCCAGAUACAGAAGUGAUCACACUUGGGACUGGCUCAGCUCUUCCGUCCAAAUAUCGGAAUGUCUCCGCCACUCUCCUGAGAGUACCAGGGAUUGGAAAUUACCUGUUCGACUGCGGCGAGAAUACAAUCGGCCAGCUUCAGAGAGUCUUCAAGCCUGACGAACUGGUUGAGAUUAUCAAGAAUUUAAAGGUAAUCUGGAUCAGUCAUUUGCAUGCGGAUCACCACCUCGGUACUGCUUCUAUGAUACGAACCUGGUACAAGAUCGUCCACAACGGCGUACCAGCAGAAGACCGCCCGGAGCCUGCUACGCUGGCAGCCGAUAUUUCUACCUAUGGACUGUCCGUCAUAUCCCACCAAGGGAUGAUCCAGUGGCUGAGAGAAUACUCGUCCGUCGAAGACUUUGGCUACAGCCGCAUCCUCCCUCUUGAGAUAUAUCCUGUCGAGAGCGGUGCAGAUUCCGGCUCUGCCCUGACUCUCACAAUUGGCAGCAAUCCGCAGGAUCAGAACGCAUAUGUGAUCAAGAAAGAAGAUUAUGAGGCUAUACUUGGCCUAGCCGACAUUCAGGCAUGCAAAGUAGCGCACUGCUACGGCGCGAUGGCUGUUUCGCUGACCUUCCCUCGCUCCCCGUCGGAUCAGGAGAAUGUGAAGCCACUCAAAGUUUCGUAUUCCGGGGACUGCCGACCCAGCAAGAACUUUACGAACAUCGGCCGCAAUAGUACCGUCUUGAUCCACGAAGCCACCUUCGAUGAUGAGCUACAAGGCGAUGCGAUUGCAAAGAAGCAUUCAACAACUUCAGAAGCGCUGGGCAUCGGCGCUCAAAUGGGUGCGAAGGCGGUAGUGCUCACUCACUUCAGCCAGCGGUACCAAAAGAUCCCUGUCCUCCAGACAGUGCAGGACGGCGAACAGGAAGACGAGCUCCUCGACCCCGAGGCAAUGGAAGAUGUCCAGCCAGACGAGGAUGCUGAUGAUGCUCCAGCUGAUAAUAUGGAUGUCCACCCCUCUACCACAACUGGCACCGAUAAGACAUCUGCCCUUCACUCCAAUCGUGCACACCCACCUCCAACCCUCCACCACCACCAAUCUUCAACGCAUGAGCACGAGCGCAUCAUCAAGGUCCGAUCAAGAGAUAUGAAAGUCGCCAUCGCGUUCGACUAUAUGCGCGUGAAGAUCGGUGAGAUCGCGCAGCUGGAGAAGUUCAACGAUGCGCUGAACAGGUUGCUGAUCAAGGAGGAGGAAGAGGGUGACGGCAAUGGCGACGGGGCGUCGAUGAUCAAUGCGAAUGGCAAGAAGGCGAGUGGCGAUGAAGGCGGAGGGAAGAAGAAAAAGAGUAAGCGGAAUAACUAGGCUUAGGGCUGGAGUGUAUGAUAUCCCAGAGACUGGAGCACCUGUAAGAGGUGGUGUAUUACAUCCCUGUGGCACUAAGUGUCCAAAUAGAUGGCGAAUAGGUUAAGAUAACGCCUUCGAUAUUUCUAUCUACGAUGAAGAGCACUAUCAAUCAGCACCAUUCGUAACUGAUGCUCGCCAUCUCCUGUCUCCAACUUUCACUUCCCGUCACGGUAGAUUAGCCUCGUCCAUAGAUGAUAGCGCAGAGCCCGAGAAACCCAUGUUGCCUCAGACCCAUGG